CGGCCGUCCCCGCCCGCCGUGCCCUCCCCGCACGUCACUUGUUAUGUCUCCGCCGGCGGCCGCGGCUCCGCCGGGGCGGGGACAGCGGCGGGAGGGAGGCCGGGGGCCCGCAGCCCUCAACGCCCCGCGGCCGCCGGCUGCCGCCCCCUUCCCUCGCCCCGUUCCCCCCUCGUCUUCCUCCUCCUCCUCCUCCUUCUUCCCCAGCCCGCCGGGAAGAUGUGGCUGAAGCUGUGCUUCUUGCUGCUGUAUUUCCUGGUGCUCUUCGUUCUGGCCAGGGUGUUCGAGGCCGUGGUGUGGUACGAGACCGGCUUCUUCGCCACGCAGCUGGUGGACCCGGUGGCGCUGAGCUUCAGGAAGCUGCGCACCAUCCUGGAGUGCCGGGGGCUGGGGCACUCGGGGCUGCCCGAGAAGAAGGAUGUCCGGGAGCUGGUGGAGAAGUCAGGUGACCUUAUGGAAGGAGAGCUUUAUUCUGCUCUCAAGGAGGAAGAGGCCUCUGAAUCGGUUUCAAGUACAAACUUUAGUGGUGAAAUGCACUUCUAUGAGCUCGUAGAAGAUACAAAAGAUGGGAUCUGGCUGGUACAGGUCAUAGCAAACGACAGAAGUCCACUGGUGGGUAAAGUCCACUGGGAGAAAAUGGUGAAGAAAGUAUCAAGAUUUGGCAUACGUACGGGCACUUUCAACUGUUCCAGUGACCCCAGAUACUGCAGGAGGAGGGGUUGGCUGAAAUCCACCCUCAUCAUGUCGGUUCCACAAACCAGCACCUCCAAGGGCAAAGUAAUGCUCAAAGAAUACAAUGGACGCAAGAUUGAAGUGGAGCACAUUUUCAAGUGGAUCACAGCCCACGCUGCUUCUCGGAUCAAAACCAUCUACAACUCCGAACAUUUAAGAGAAGAAUGGAACAAAAGCGACCAGUAUCGGGUGAAAAUCUACCUGUUUGCCAACCUCGACCAGCCUCCGGCCUUCUUCUCUGCACUAAGUGUAAAGUUUACCGGAAGAGUAGAGUUUAUUUUUGUCAACGUGGAAAACUGGGACAAUAAAAGUUACAUGGCAGAAAUCGGUGUCUACAAGACACCAUCCUACAUACUUAGGACUCCUGAGGGGAUCUACAGGUAUGGAAAUAACACUGGUGAAUUCAUAUCACUACGUGCCAUGGAUUCCUUUUUGCGCUCGCUGCAACCAGAAGUUAACGAUUUGUUUGUUUUAAGCCUAGUUUUGGUUAAUCUGAUGGCUUGGAUGGACCUGUUUAUUACACAGGGCGCUACUAUAAAGCGCUUUGUGGUUCUUAUAAGCACUUUAGGGACGUAUAAUUCACUACUAAUUAUUUCCUGGCUCCCCGUGUUGGGUUUUUUGCAACUACCUUACUUAGACAGCUUUUACGAGUACAGUUUAAAACUCUUCAGGUACUCUAACACAACUACUUUGGCUUCUUGGGUAAGAGCCGACUGGAUGUUCUACUCCUCACACCCAGCCCUCUUCCUCAGCACGUACCUUGGUCAUGGUUUACUCAUCGAUUACUUUGAGAAAAAAAGAAGGCGCAAUAACAACAACGACGAAGUAAAUGCAAACAAUCUGGAGUGGCUGUCAAGUCUGUGGGACUGGUACACCAGCUACUUGUUUCAUCCCAUUGCUUCUUUCCAACACUUCCCCUUUGACUCGGAUUGGGACGAAGACCCAGACUUGUUCUUGGAGCGACUGGCCUUCCCCGAUCUCUGGCUGCACCCUCUGAUACCGACUGAUUACAUAAAAAACUUGCCGAUGUGGAGGUUUAAAUGCCUCGGCGUCCAUUCUGAUGAGGAGGUGUUGGAAACCAGUCAAGACAGCGAAAGUGACUCUGACAGUGAAAACAAAGAGGUCUUCAGCAGCGAAAAAGAAGUCUCGGAGGACGAUGAGCCAAACACAUUUCAGAGGCCCAGCGCAGGAAAGCGGCGGUGCCGUGCCGAGACCUGUUCGUGUGCCAGUAAAUAUUGUCACAGCGAGCCAUACGAACGGAAAGCGAGGUCGUACGGGUCGUACAGCACCGCAGGUGACACGGAGCCAGAUUGGUCGGCGUGGCCCCCCGAGAUGUUGCACUGUACAGAAUGCGUUGUGUGUCUAGAGAAUUUUGAGAACGGCUGCCUGCUCAUGGGCUUGCCGUGCGGCCACGUCUUCCACCAGAAUUGCAUCGUGAUGUGGCUGGCCGGGGGGCGGCACUGCUGCCCCGUCUGCAGGUGGGCUUCGUACAAAAAAAAGCAGCCAUACACACAUCCGCAGCCUUUGUCACACGAUACCCCAUCUUAGCUGUGCGCUGCCGUCCUUUGUAAGCUUUCAGGAUAUUACUGCUUGCCUUUUAAAUGUUAGUCACUUAAAAGAUUAUGUGGUUUGAAGUUUUAGUUUAAAUGUUAGUGCAGUGAACUAAAAUAUACAUGAAGCUAACGUUAACGACAGAAUCAUUUGGUUGCCUUGUAUGUCGAACUGAAUGCAUACUUAACCGUACGGUAACUUUUUUUUCUUUUCAACAUCCGGAAGCUCGAUGCUGUUUUUGUAAGCACAAAAAUCAAGCCUCCAACAAAGCGUAUUCCAGCAAACGUUUACACGUUAGGAUGUGGGUGAAAUCGAAAUUCGAAUCAGAGACAAUUGCUUAAUUUAAGUGUUUCUUAUUUUAGAGUCUGUUCAGCACAUCUUUGUUGAAUAAUGUAUGUUGUAAGACAGUACCAUUUAAAAAGAAAUCCGUGAAAUAAAUUAUUUUAAAAGGAGAUUUGUAAUGUUAAUUGUUUUGAUAAAUAUUUUGUGUGUAUGGUUACAGAUGUCUUGCUGGUCUGAUUUAUCUGUGAAGACAAUAAAAAUAUAACACAA